AUGGCUUCAACUGGUAGCUUUUCCUACGGAGGAUUCCACACGUCGGACUUAGACAUCCCCACUGAAAACGAGUUGUUGCCUAUGGAGAUGCAGGUCGAAAUGGAAAACAUGAGAAACGACAUCAACCAAAAGCUCAUCGAAAUAAGGGACCAGAUGGCGGUGAUACAAAGAAGGUUCAAUUUCAGUUUAUGGAUUUUGAUUGUUGGAGUGGCGGAUGACAAGAUCUUCGUCAAUGGAUAUGAUGCCAAUGAGAAGACCUUAAUCUACAGCAAAUACAACAAAGAGAUUUCUCUGGCUGAUGAACAACUGUUCUUAGCCUUCCAAAACUCUUUGCUAAAUCCAGACUUAAUCGGCAAACACGUGGCAGACAUCUAUCCAGAAAAACGAACACUUCUUGAUUGGGAUACUAGCUACAAAAUCGUAGAAGGUAUUGCACGAGGACUACAAUACCUUCAUGAAGACUCAAGACUUAGAAUCAUCCAUCGUGAUCUCAAAGCUAGUAAUGUUUUGUUAGAUGAUGAAAUGAACCCCAAAAUCACAGACUUUGGCAUGGCAAGGUCGUUUCACACUAAUGUAACUCAUGGCGACAUAAGAGGCAUUGUUGAACCUAGUAAUGGUUACAUGGCACCGGAAUAUGUGAUGCAUGGUCAAUUCUCGGUUAAGGUAGAUGUCUUUAGUUUUGGAGUCCUAGUAUUAGAAAUAAUAAGAGGCCAAAAGAACCAAAGUUUCCAACAUGAGGAUAGUAUCUCCUUUCUCAGCUAUGCAUGGAGAUGUUGGCAAGAUGGAACACCAUCAUAUAUAAUAGAUCCCAUAUUGUUGAAUGGAUCAUGUUCUUUAGAUGACAUAUUCAGAACCAUUCACAUUGCCUUAUUAUGUGUUCAAAAUAAUGCACUAGACAGGCCAACGAUGUCUUCGUUUGUUCUUAUGCUCAGUAGCUUUUCCAUCACCCUCCAAGUACCAUCAGAGCCAGGCUUUUACAUGCAAAAUAUUGUUAGCAAUCAAUUUUCUAGAAAUGAUGCAUCACUUUCUGAGUUUAGUCCACGAUAG